UAAAAGUCUAUUUUUGUAAACAAUAUUUCCAUUAAAAAAAGCAAAAUGCGCGAUAAAUGGCAGCCGACCGGGCCUAUUCGACCACCUGAUUGCAUAAUUUCUUCAAAAGCGCGCGAUAAAAACAAUUUUGGAUUUAAACCUUUAUACGAAUACGAAAAAAAGCCUCACAUGAACUAUUUGAUAUCCUUUGAGUAUCAAAGAAUGUGGUUUAAAGAUAGAAAGGAGUAUGAAAAGAAAAUGUAUGCCAAACCUGAAGCAAAGUCCGUGCCACCGCCAAAGAGAAAAUCAACUGAAGAAGGUGGAGAUGACGAGGAUGAGGAAGAAGCUCCUAGACCUAAACCGAAAGGUGUCAGUGGAAAUCCAGGAAUUGUUCAAACGGAAAGAAGCUAUUUUAACCGAGCAUUUGUGCAAAGAUUGAUGAUGUACAAAAGGCCAACAAAACUUCAACUUCAAGAACACCUUGUAGCUCAAUUAAGGAAGUCCAAAAAGAAUAAGGAAAAAACGGACACUUUUGUAUCUUUGAAAUACAAACCUAGAUGUUUGGUAAAAUAAAAAUACGUAAUGUUAUGUAAUUAUGAAAGCAGU